AUGAGUGCCGAAGAAAUUGAAUCCUACAAGUUCCAAUUAGAACAAGUUGAACUUGCCUUGCAAUCCGAUCCUGAAAACGAAGAACUCAAGAAACUCCAACAUGACCUGCAAGAACUGAUUUCCAUGUUUGAAGCAGUUGCUGAACCCACGUCGCCUAAAAAAAAGGACACCUACCGUCAACAACCACCAUCAUCCACACCAGCAGACGCAAGCACUACUACCGCCACAACCGCGACCACAGCGCUCAAAACACAUGAAUUUUCAGUGGAUCAAGAGGUAAUGGCUCGUUGGUCGGGAGAUGGAGAGUUUUAUAAAGCAACUAUUACAGCUAUUGGUGGUGCUGAUCAAGUGUUUUCAGUUAAAUUUAAAGGAUAUUCUGAAGCAGAAUUCGUAAAAGCAGAAGAUAUCAAGCCACUCCAAAGCAAAAAGAGAACGGGUGUUUUUGAAAAUGUAGGUGAACCCAAAAAGAAAAGAAAAGAUAUUACAACAUCGUCAGCAUCUUCAGCAACAGCAGCGGGAGGAGGGGCUGUAGCACCUACAGGAAAGAAGAAGAAGGCCGCCGAAUUUGAAAGCAAAAAGAAUGCCUGGUUGAAUUUUGCUACUGGCAGUAGCAAGAAGAAGAAGGCUACACCUGUGAUCAAUAAGAAGAGUAUCUUCAAGACGCCCGAUAACCCUGAAGGAAAAGUGGGAGUUAUUGGUAGCGGUAAAGGCAUGACAAGCUAUCAGCAGCGAGGUAAACACAUCUAUGCACCUUCUACAACAACUGAUGAAUAA